UAGCUGGACAAAUACUUUAGUAUUUCAAACGACACCAUUGCGGUAAUUUAGACACUAUUUUUUAAUGUACUUUAAAGGAUCGCAAUGGAAUUCAGGAAUAUCAAUAGCUUCAACUUUCCAGUUAUUACAGGCGAAACUAACCAAAUCUUCUCUAGUCACGUGCGUGCCGCACCUCUUGCCUUCGUGUUUUAACGUCAACAUCGACGUACAACAAUCCAUCUUUGCUGGCCCCCUCCCCAAUCUGAGGCUAGCUAACCCCAAGCCAACCCAUUCCGACGUGAAUCUACGCGCUAUAACUAUAAUUAGUUAUCUAUUGGAUUAUAGCCCUCUAUAACGACUCACAGCCUAACAUGUGGUGGCCCUCGGUUUUGUGCUUUUCACUUGCGCUCGUGCUCGCACUCUAUGGGAUCAAUAAGCACAUUCGCGUCUUUCGCCAGAAAUGGUACCUCGCGCUGGCGCUCAGCGUCGCGAUAUACAUCCCGGUCUCCAUCAUCUUCCUCCUUCCAAUCGACCUCAUUUCGUCGCAGAACAGUGCUGACGCAAACCAGUGGUUCCAGUUACCCGCCAGAGUUAUUGCAGUCUGCUGGAGAUCUACCUACUGGACGGCAUUCUUUCUCACGUGGACCAUCUUGCCAGUGCUCCAGGAGUUCUAUGACUCUGGCCACCACAAGCCGAUGCUUCGGCUCAAGGACUCGUUGCGCACCAAUCUCAAGUACCAGUUGGCUAUGCUUGUUGCUGGCUUACUCGGGCUCUUGUACCUCGUAUUUUCUGUGGGCUUGACGUUUGCCAGCUUAAAGUCGCUUGUUAUUGCGUUAUCGCACUCCUACUCGUUGAUUCUCGCAUUAUGGUUCAUGAGCUACGGGUUAGUCAACCUUCCGCGCGACUACUGGCUCUUAGGCAGCCCGCAGCGCUACCUCAACCGCUGCUACGUGGAAAUCACAACGGCCAAUGACACCAUCGAGGAUCUUAAGUACGGGCUCCAGGAAAUCUCCCAUGAAAUUGAGCGCUUCCGCGCCAUCGCGCAGGAGGACUAUGACCUCCAAUUCGAGUUUGGCGAGUGGCUUGUGGAUUUGCAACGGCAGCUACCGGAUGAAGCUACCGGCACCCAGCCCCUCCAGACGGAGCUCCAGAAACUGGACUUGACCACCAAACGCAUCGUCGACUUGUCUCGGAGAUUGCACCACAAGAAGCAUCGCUUUAUCCUGGCCAUCUGUGAUUUGGAGAAGGGAUUCCAAGACGUGGUUAAGUUUGAAGAUAUCCAGGAAGCCGCCGCUUCCCGUCAGUUGCACUUCAGAUACACCCAACAAUCCAAAUCGAUGCGCCUUUUGUCAAAGCUCUUGUCCCCGAAGGCGCUCUAUUUCUGCUACCAGUAUGCCAUUCCGCUCUACAACCGGUUUGCCUCCGUGUUAAUCUGCCUCUUGUCUAUCAUCGUGGUGGAAUCGGAGAUGCUCCACUCUACCAAGUUUUCACUCGUGAACCUCUUGCUUACAGCUGCCAAGCAGCUUGCGCCCGUGAAGUUUGUUAUCUCCGUCGUCAUGCUCACAUACAUGUGUAUGACAUCUGUUCUUUCCUUGCGCAAGAACAAGUUGUUCAAUCUCAAGUACCACCUUAACGACGGCGGUUUGUCCGAUCCUGUUUCUUGCCUCUUCUACGCGACCUACGCGUGCCGUUUGACCCUCCCGCUCAGCUAUAACUUCUUGACCUUGCUUGUGGACAGAAGCUCUGGCUUUGAGCUGUUCUUGGGAAAGUCCAUUAACUUGACCGUGCUCGGUGAGGGCUUCAACUCUUGGUUGCCACGCUUUAUCUUGGUUCCGUUGGUGUUCAACUACUUCAACCUCUUUGAAAAGAUCAAGGAUAAACUAGGCUUCAACAUGCUCGACUAUGAUGAAGACGACCUCCCCGAGAGCAGGAACGGCAUCGCUACCGCUACCAUCGAGGAGGCCAGACACGUCGUAAACAAGCACAUGGCGAAGCUCAAUGCCGAAACGAACCCAAAUUUACGGGCGUUCAGAUUGUCCACCCCGGGUAGACACAGCCCCGUGAGAUCCGAGAAUUUCUCCGAGUCCAUCGACAACCUUGCCAACAUGCAAUACAACCAGAACCGCAGCCAGUUCAACGAGUCGUUGAUGCGUCGCGAGGAAGAGUCGUUUCCGCCCGUGGCCGAGACCAACAGUAGCGGAGGGAUGUGGACGUCGCUCAAGUCGGCCGUCGGGGGAGUGUUUACGUCGAGCAGUGGCAGGGUGCAGAUUCCAAGUCGUGAUUCCGAUGACGAAGACUUGGUGUUGUAAUGAACAUGUGUAUAUAUUAUUUGACGCCAAUUUAUAAGGCGGGGGGAGGGUACGGUAGCUUGGGUUUUGUUAGG